UACUAGACUCUAGAUCUAGAAUCUAGAUAUAUUCUAUAAUAACAGUUAUUGUCUAGUCUGUUAUAAAAUUGUAGAAUCUGUUUUUUUCUUAGAAGUCAAUCAGUUUUAGUGGAUGAUUUCUGCCUAUACUUUACUCACAAUGUGGCAUCGAUGAAAACACUCAGCUAAAACAAAAUGAGUUUCAGUAAGGUGUAUACAUUAUUUAUAACAGAGAUUUUGGUACUGGUCUCUUUUAUAGCACCUGCAUCACUAACAACAUGUGAAAGUCACUACCUUAUGUUGACUUCAAAUACUUAUGGCACACUGACAAGCCCUGAUUAUCCAAAGCUUUAUUCUCCCAACUUUUGUACACAAUGGACUUUGUUUGGUCUUCCCGGCAUGAAAGUUGCAAUAAGGAUUUGGGAUCUAGACCUUCCAACAUAUCAUGACUUCUGUGACUAUGACUCACUCUUAAUUAGUGCAGGCUCAGUGUUUGAAAAACGAUUAUGUGGUGAUAAAGUCGGAAAAAUAUUUUCACCUUAUUUAAUUGUACUUGACCAGCAAGCUUCACUAAACAUAAUUUUAAACAGUACUAUAUACGGACCUAAAGGGAGAGGUUUCAAUAUAUCAUAUGAUACUAGUAGCUCUGGGUAUUCUGAGGCUGUUAAAGAGCAGUCUGUCACUUCCACUCACACACCUAUUCCUAUUCCAUGGAUGAAUGAAAUAGAUAACGAAAAAACUUGUCUAUAUAUUCAAGAGGGAAAUUCAGGACUAAUUACCCUCUCUCCAACUAUUAAGUACGCUCUUUCAAAGCGACCUUAUUGCUCCUGGUAUAUAUUUAACAAUGUAGAUGCUACAUACAAAAUACAAAUUCUUACGCAUUCUCUAACUGAUGGGGACUCUCUGAAGGUGUAUGAAGGCCGAGAUGAAUAUUCCAGAUGUUUGGGCAGUUGUAAUGUAGUCUAUUGUAAUGCACUGUUGUAUACACCAAAAAGUGAAUUUUUUAUUAAAUUGAAAGUUAAGAACUCAGCAAUCCCAAGGAAUUUUACUCUCAAGUAUUCAACAUUAUCAGCUAAUAGUAUCAAUAUGGGACAAACAUCGUCAACUCUGAUGCCUUACUGGUCCAAAUCUGAGUCAUCUCUACCAGAACCCUUGCUCCCUUCAGGUUAUUGUAGUUUUACUAUAAAAUCUCAGUCAGGGGAGUUCUCAAGCAGUGAUUCCAUCUAUAGCGCUUUACAGAACUCUGACGGUUGUUUUUGGCAUUUGCAUGUCGAAAACUUCAAUGACAAACUUUAUACCUAUCAAAUUGUAUUUGAGGAAUUUCGUUUAUAUUCUCAUGAUGUUAUUUAUGUUUAUGAUGGUUCAAGUGCAUCUUCAAGACUUUUAUACCAACCAUUUUAUGGUGGAAAAAAUGCUAGAACUGAGAUGUUGUCUACUGGAAGUAAUGUUUUAAUCAAAUAUGUCUCCUCUUUGAGUCGUUGGGCCAACUUCACUAUUAAGUAUUCAAUUUUGAUAAAUUGUUUACCUGGUUACCAGCCAUGUGGAUUUAAUGAGCUUGCAUGCUACCCUGUCAGUAACAGAUGUGAUGGGGUUUGGCAUUGUCCACUUCAUGGAGGAGAUGAAAGAGGCUGUUAUGACUGUGAUGUAGAUCAAUUUAGCUGCAACACCACUUCACAUUUCUGCUACAGAGAAAUAGAUCGAUGCAAUGGUAAAGGAACAUGUGCUAACUACAUUGAUGAAACCGGCUGCACACCACAACAGUGUAGCUCAGAAAAAGGAUUAUUUCUGUGUGACAAUGGGAGAUGUAUCUAUGAGAAGUGGAGAUGUGACAGGACUAGCGAUUGCACAGAUAAUAGUGAUGAAGAAGAUUGCCCUACAUUGUCCUCACCUCGGGUGAUUGUUGCUGCUGUUGUUGGCUCCUUGGUGUGCUCUCUCCUUCUAGUUGUUGCAUUAGGCUGUGUAUGUAAAGUUUACAACAUACGAAUGCACAAUCUCCGUGCAGGCACUCGCCACGAGACGCCCCUAACCCGUCAGUUAGCUGAAAUGUUUCACCACCGCGCCCCACCGCCCCCAUACCAUGAGGCCAUGUUGACCUCUCGUCCAUAUGAUGAAGCAUAUUUAGAGCUGUUGAGCCAGGAUGAAAGCCCAUCCUUGUUGAUUGAUUUAAACAACGUGGAACAGAACAAUCUCAAUGCUGUGCCCCAGCGGUCGCCCAGAGAACAUGGCGGCAGAAGGUGCAGGCAUGGCAGACGACACAGAGAAGUUAACCAAAUUAUUGGCUCUUCUUACAGAGAGAGAUCUGAGCCUCAAGGACUUAUAGAAAUUGGAAGCUUACCACUGCUAACAGAAGCAAUAGAUGCACUUCCUUUGUUGGAGGAGGCCAAUGCUUACAUCAGUCUUUCAGAGCCCCCGCCAUAUUUUGAGUCUGGCACCUCACCGCUUGUUGAAGGCCGGAUGGCUGAGUCGUCCAGUGACUCCGACGACGAGUCCAGUGAGGAAGAAAACUGGCAACCCAGUUUUGUCAGCCCUCUAGAAAGUGGGGAUACACAACAUAGUACAGGGUGUGAGGCGGUGGUCCAGGUGGGUACAUCGGCUCCAGUACCAGCCACACAGGUGAGAACAGGGGGUGAAGAGUUGAGUGACGAGGGCGGGAAAGAUAUGGAAACAACCAGCACAAGUUUUUCUGUGGAUUCUUCCAGUGACUUAGCCCGUGAGGGACAGGAUGAGGAUAAGAAAAUUGAAGACUCUGUGAUUCAUGAGGACUCUGACAGUGAUUGCAUCCUCAAUGAAGAGUGUGGUCCGGAUGAGGAUGACACUGAUUCAGACUCGGCCUGUCUUUUAAGACACACCUAGUUGGCACCCACCUUAAGUUCUACAGAGGACAUGUCACCUGGCCUCCUAGAAUCUCAACUUUGAUUUUACAUUGUCAUAUUUUGUGAUAUAACUUUUUUUUUUCCUGUUAUACCAGUAUCAAUUUGGUCACUUUUUAGAAAUACUGCUCAAGAACCAGUUCAUUUUUUUCUGCCAUAUCAUUAAUCCUCUUAUUUGUAAAUCUGUGUUAAUUUAUUUUUACAUUGAAGUGUAACUUACAGGAAAAAAUUAAUGUAAAUUAAAUAUUGUAGUACUUUUAUCUGAAAAAUAAUGUAUAAAUAGCUCAAGUAAAAGAUAUAUAAUUUGCUAACUAUAACUUGAUCCAUAAGAUUAGCCAAAUAAUAGCACCAGCCUGUAUCAUAUUUUUAUACAGAACUAUUUCUGUCAUAAUUAUGUUAAAUUUAAAUCAGAGCCACAAAGCUUAGGCCACAAACUUAUUCAAGAGCUUGUUAUAAAGGUGUUUUAAUGACUAAGACAUGUUGAUAUUUUGUCAUACCUUGUCAAUUUAGAAUGACCAAAGAAAUUUCAACUGUUAAUUUUUAAAAUAGCUAUUAUUUUCUGUACAUUCUUACAUUGUUUAUGUUUUUUAUGUAAAAAAAAAUUGUUCAGACACUGCAAUCAAUGCACAGCUUUUAUUUUACUUGUAUAGCUUUUUGUUAGUUUUUUUUUUUAAUUUUCUGAUUAUCUUUUCCCUUUGUUGCCCAAGACACAUGGGGCGAACACAGAAAGAUCCCUUCACUUUUGCCGGUCUCCUGCAAUUUUCCUGGCAGUCCCCCAAGACAGGCCUGUAUCUGCCAGCUUCCUCCUCGCUGUGUGCCUCCAUGUCUCCCUUGGCCUUUUUUGUCUGAUGCAGGCUUUUAAUCUAAUUCUAUUUUAAAUUUCUUUAAGGUUUACAAAUUAAGUUCAGUUUUUCAUUUCUAAUUUAUUUUGAGCAUUAUUUAUCUUUUUUCUCUUUGAUUUAAUACAGCUAUACUUCAUACAGUGUACAGCAUAGUAGAUUAGUUUGUUAUAAAAUUUAAGUGUUUUGCUUUUUUUUUUUUUAAUUUUG